GUCCAGCAAGGUGACCACUAUGCACCUUCGUGUGCUGGACCAGCUGCUGCGCACCUACGACAGGCGAGCCACCCCCACCAACCACCGAAACGAGCCCACCAAUGUCACCUGUGAACUCUACAUCAGGAGCUUCGGAUCCAUCAACCCCACGACCAUGGACUACCAGGUGGAUCUGUACCUGCGGCAGGAGUGGGAGGACGAGCGAUUGCGACAUCCGGAUAUCACGAAGCCGCUGGAUCUCAACGACCCCAACCUGGUGAAAGCGAUCUGGAAGCCCGAGGUGUACUUCCCCAACGCCAAGCUCGCAGAGUUCCAGUUUGUGACUGUGCCAAACGUGCUCGUCAGACUCAACCCAGACGGCAAGAUUCUCUACAUGCUCAGACUGAAGUUAACAUUUGCUUGCAUGAUGGAGCUGUCUCGCUUCCCGCUGGACGUUCAAGUGUGCACCAUGGAGAUCGGUUCUUUCUCUAAAACGACGCAGGAACUCAACUUGUCGUGGAAGAGCGGAGAGCCCAUUAAGAUUUACCGCGGCCUCAAGAUGCCUCAGUUCAACAUUAUUGAUAACGAGACGGAUCGAUGCCACGAGGACUUUCAGAUUGGGAACUACAGUUGUCUGCGCGCGCUCAUCACGCUGGAGAGGAAUAUUGGCUUCCAUCUGGUGCAGAGUUACUUGCCCAGCAUCCUCAUCGUGGUCAUUUCCUGGAUGGGUUUCUGGAUGGACACUGAUUCUGUCCCCGCGCGCACCUGUCUGGGCGUCACUACUCUGCUCACCGUGUCCAACCAGGCCUCAGAGACGCAGCUGAAGAUUCCUCAAGUGUCGUACAUAAAGGCCUUGGACAUCUGGAUGGGGGUGUGCACUGCCUUCAUCUUCGCGGCCCUGCUGGAGUUCACGGUGGUCAACUAUUACUGGCGGAAGAGAGUCAACGUGCCCUGCCGUAACCCCUGCCGCCCCAAGACUACCUCGGACAGCUGGAUGGAACUGAUGCCCAACGGCCGCCUUGCAGACCAGACCUCUCAGGCGUCCCCGGCGAUGGAGACAGCGGAGUUCACCAUCAGCCAGGCCGACGCUCGUGUUUACCGCCUGCUGGCCUGCCGCAUCGACGAGGUGUCCCGCUACCUCUUCCCAGCGGCCUUCCUCGUGUUCAACCUAGCUUACUGGUCCUACUACAUGUCCCACCGCCACUAGGCUGCCGCAGGUCAGGAAGCCAGAACACAUAUCACCUCUUUGCCAACUCCGCACCUCAACACGUGCGAGGAAAACAUGAACCACUUCUCUUACUUGAUCCCUCCCCACUACCACCACCAACACCACCAUCACGUCCCAGGAGCCAUGUGACAGACGGGUGGGCCAGCGAGCACCCAGAUCAGCGUGGGCUGUAUCGCGACAUCAGCUGGCUUGAUACCACGCCUCACACACUCUUCUGCCUUAGCACGGACAGCUUCCCGCCUUGAGGUGUGACAAUGAAGAGAGAAAAAACGAUAAAAAUAAGCAACAAUAAUUGUCAUUAAAUGCAUCAGCCAGUGGGUGAAUAGAGAGGAAUGAAGCUGGCCACUCGCUGGCUGGCCCACCCGUGUGUCGUUCGGAUCCCGCUGUGUCCCGCCACCCCUCUGUGGUGAGGGCCGCAGCGCCGCACUCCCCCGUGACUUGUAUUGUUCCCCAAUGAAAGGAAACACACGCGACACUUCCCUCGAGACGCACACAUCCUCAUCGCCGGAGUAGCCGCCGUGGCAGCGGCAAGCAGCAGUAGCAGCAGCAGCAGCAGCAGCAGCAGGCUGACAGCCACGACUCCAGGGAUGUAACGCAAUGCCUUCAUGGAAUACACCAGACCCCCAGCACGACACCAUAGCCGCCAAGGCACCACACACUAAGGACACCAAGGCACCAAGCACGUUUUGCGUCCAUUCGAAGACAUUUGAUUGGCGGCUGGACAGCAAUGGUCGUGCUUUUCUCUACUGGGAAUGACAACACACUUAACAAAUUCCAAGUGGUAUUGAAAGCCUCGAAUUAUGCCGUUGUUGCAUCUCUUAUUGUGUGAAUUACUGAUUCGAAAUAAUAUGAUCAAAAUGUGCUGCUCUCGCUCCGAAUGAUGACAAUGAUCAACCUCUAAGAAAAUAGCAAAAAGAGAUGCUCCAAAAUAUCAUAUUAGUAAUGUAGUAACGGAGACAAACAAAAUCAAAAUGCAACACAUUUGCAAGACGUUCGGCGUCACAACAAACACAACCCUGAACCUCAGCAGUACAAAUCCAUCACCAUUCAAAACACUGAAUUUUUAGAACACUUCACCUCGAAAUAUUUGAGUGUAAAAGCACACGAUUCGCUCCAUUCCUCCCCUGCCCCGCACAAAUUGUCGGCGAUCAUCAACUAUUACUGUACACACUCCCAUAUUAUUCUGACGAGCGGCGCGGCGAGGCCAUUACGAGCACAGCUUAUUUAAAUUCCAACUGUCGCCCUUUCUGUCUCUCAGAGGAAACAACAGAACACAGGGACGGGGAGCGAUCCAUCGGUGAAAGGACCUCCAAUUGCCCUCUACCACCUCCACCUCCACCUCCUCCUCCUCCUCCUCCUCCUCCUCCUCCUCCUCCUCCUCCUCGUCCUGCUGCUCCUCCACUUCCUGGACACAAAGGCAGGAGUAUCGCGCCAAGAAACACACCCCAGACUCACCCAGCAACACACUCACGUCCCGCUGCACCAACAAGACUCCAGUCCUCUCUCUCCGUCCUCUACGCUGUCAGAGAGAGAGAGAGAGAGAGAGAGAGAGAGAGAGAGAGAGAGAGAGAGAGAGAGAAUAUGAAGCAGUGUGUCCUUGAAAACCAGAAGUGUGUUAAUGUCACGCCGCCAAGGAAGGAAACAAUCCCGGAUGAGGCAAAAAUGUAGGAAUUAAUGACUUUUAUUCUCUCUCUCUCUCUCUCUCUCUCUCUCUCUCUCUCUCUCUCUCUCUCUCUCUCUCUGCUGGUCCAUUAACGAAGCAUUGUCUCGUCUCAGAACACGCCUUCAUUAAGUCUAACCCCAUCAACCGCACGAGCUGAUAAAACAGAGGCAGGAAAAGGAGGAGGAGGAGGAGGAGGAGGAGGAGGAGGAGGAGGAGGAGGAGGAGGAUGCCCUUUGGUAUUAGUCGAGUGUUCAAAGCAAUCGGAGUUUCAUUUCCUUUUUUUUAAGACUAAAAUAAGGAACCGCUAGUCACUAUUACGUAUUCCUGAGAGAGAGAGAGAGAGAGAGAGAGAGAGAGAGAGAGAGAGAGAGAGAGAGAGAGAGAGAGAG